GGAUAUUUAAAGACUGGGCCUUGGGCCCUGCAACACUGCUGUCUCCGCUCCUGCCUGCUGUCAUGUGGCUGGGGCUUCUCCUCCUGCUGUGGCUGAGCCCUGGGGUGAAGACAGGCAGCUGCUCCCAACCCCAGCGCCUUUGCUGUCUUGGAACAGAUCACCACUGCAAGAGGGGAGGUUGCUACUGUGAUGAAUUCUGCCAUGUGGUACCAGACUGCUGCCCAGACCACAGUGUCCUCUGCAACCCUGCUUCUCAGAUGACCAAGAUGGGGCUGCAGAUGGUGCUGAGGAUGGAGAACCCACCCAGCCCUGCUAGGAGCCAUCUAGACUGGGUGCAGAGCACGGUUCAGCGGCUUCUCCAAACCAGCCUCCCAGGAAUGCCGUUCUCCAUGGCCAUAGAGGGGAUCAAGAAGAAAGCCUGACUCCUCUCCUGAGGCCCCUUCCCCACCCCGAGCCAGCAGGAUCCAUGGAGCAGAGGUCAUCUGUCCCCAGCGUGGCCAGCUGAGGCCAGAAUUGCUGGGCCAGGGGUGCUUGUCUCUCAGCUCACAUCCUGUAUACUUUCACAUUGGUUUAGCCAGAGCAAAACUGAAAUGUACAGUUGUCAUGAACACGUUUAAAUGUGCGUAGAAUCAGUGAUACAAGCUAUGAAACAU